GGAACUUAUCAACUGUUCAGCUCUUAUUUCCUCAUUUCCUUAUUUCCUUCUCUAAAUCGUGUAACCAAACAGUGGACAAGGAGCAAUGUUUCCAUUUCCAUCUUUAUUCUGGAUGAAAAGAUGAAAGCAGUCAUGUUUUACAUCGUGGUUCUGGGAGCCUUCUCAGGUUUAUCUGAAGGAGUCGGUGUUUUACCUGAUGGUCCUCUGACAGCAUCAGUAGGAGGGUCGGUGAUGUUCAGAACAAACCUGAAUCCAACAGAAACACCAUUUAUUGCUUUGUCAUGGAACCAUGGUGUUAAGUCUAUAAUAACCUCAACGAAUAAUUUAAACGCAACUGCACCAGAGUAUGAAAACAGGAUCACCCUCUUCAGAUCUACUGGAUCUCUGGAGCUCAGGAAUCUGGGACUCGAUGACAAUGGAGAGUACAGCAUUAACAUUCAACCAGCUGAUGAUUUCCUUAAGUUUGGAAUAACCAGACUGGUUGUAUACGAUCCAGUGUCUGGUGUGUUGCUAACCGCCAGCAGCACAGAUCUAGUUGAGUUCAACAGUUCUGUCCGUCUGUCCUGCUCCUCCUCUGGAUCUUCUCUCUCCUUCCUCUGGAUGAACAGCAGCUCUGAGGUUACAGCCAGUGACAGAGUUCAGAUCAGCAGCUCUGAUGGAGGAUCCACUCUGACUCUAGUCACCGUGACCCGAUAUGACCUGGGACCAUUCAGCUGUAACGUGUCUAAUCCUGUCAGUUCUGCCGUCAGUGAAGCAGUAAAGCUCUCAGUCAGCUAUGGUCCAGAAAAUACACACUUGGCUGCUUCUCCGUCAGAAGACCACUAUAUGGAGGGAUCAAACGUGUCUCUGAGCUGCUCAGCUGAGUCUAGACCUUCAGCAGUUAUCUCAUGGUUCCUAAAUGAGAACAUGCUGCCUGAUUCUGGACCAGAACUCAGACUGAUGAACAUUCAGCUGAGUCAGACUGGAAACUACAGCUGUCAGGCCUUCAACAGCAAAACCCUCAGAUACCAAACAUCUCAGCCUUUAGCAGUGACUGUUUAUGAUCCAGUGUCUGGUGUGUUGCUAACCGCCAGCAGCACAGAUCUAGUUGAGUUCAUCAGUUCUGUCCGUCUGUCCUGCUCCUCCUCUGGAUCUUCUCCCUCCUUCCUCUGGAUGAACAGCAGCUCUGAGGUUACAGCCAGUGACAGAGUUCAGAUCAGCAGCUCUGAUGGAGGAUCCACUCUGACUCUAGUCACCGUGACCCGAUAUGACCUGGGACCAUUCAGCUGUCACGUGUCUAAUCCUGUCAGUUCUGUCGCCAGCAUCAGCACCAGUCUCUCCAUCAGCUAUGGUCCAGAAAACACUCUGUUGACAAUAUCUCCAUCCAAACACGAACACGUGAAAGGAUCCGAUGUCCAGAUGUUCUGCUCAGCUGUUUCCAGUCCUGAUGCCUCAUUUCAGUGGUUUGUGAAUGGAAACCCACUACCUGAUACUGGACCAGAACUCAGGCUGAUGAAUGUUCAGACAAAUCAGAGUGGAAACUACAGCUGUCAGACCUUCAACAGCAAAACUCUGAGAUAUCAAACAUCUCAGCCUUUAGCUCUUUCUGUGAUUGAGCGGGAAGGAGGUCUGUCAGGUGGAGCUGUUGCUGGAAUAGUGAUCUCAUGUUUAGUUGCUGCUGCAGGAGCUGCUGGAGGAUAUUUUAUUUAUAGAAGGAAAAACAAGAGCCGAGCUAAACCAGCUUCAGCCACAGCAGAGCAGGUCAUCAGUUCAGUGACCUUCUCCUCUCAUGAUGUCACAGCUGCAGCGAGGAGACCUGAAGAACAAGAACAUGCGUAUGAGAACGUGUCAAGUGUUUAUGACAGAACUAUCUAUUGUUUCUCUAAGUCAGCGCAACCACAGCCUGCUCAUCCCAGCCAUCUCCCACACCGGCUCCUCCUGCUACCUAAGUCCCAUCCAGACACAGACUCUGCCAGAUUAUUGAGAGUUGUUGCCGGUCAAUGUCCAGCGCUUGCUCCAUUUCUCAUGCCCCGGACCACUGCCAGAGGAUCUUCUCCCACCAAUCCCAGCAGGAAACUGGAGCCCUUACAGACCUCCCAGUUGAGCUCAAAUAAAAUGAUGGACGGAGCAGGACACCAUAGGGAGUCGAACCCCGUCUCAUUACUCAGAGCAGCAGAGCCUUCAGCUUUUGGUGGUGAUACAAAAACAGGAAGCAGGACCUGCAUCAAGCAUAAUCACUCGUCUGACCCCUCACCUGACACCAGGUUGUCAUGGGAGACCCACCAGAGGCUGGUGGCCAACCCUGAACAGCUCAGACCUGAGGAUCGCAAUGUUUCGAGGAAAAGCUGCUACGUUUCUGGAAACCCUUCCAGCCUGGGUGUGGGUGCGUGUGCCGGUGAUGGCAUUUUACCCCCAGGACCCCUGAGUGGGGCUGUAGCAGGCACGGUGAGGUUCACCACCAGCCUCGCUCCCACACAGAGCCCGUUUCUGUCCGUCAGCUGGAGCUUUAAAGGUGGGAGCAUCAUCACCUCCACGAGCGUCAACAGCACCGAUCCCGCAUACUCCAACAGGAUCUCGUUAGAUCGAGCUACAGGAGCCCUGGAGCUCAGAAACCUGGGUCUGCUGGACAGCGGGGUUUACACCGUCAUCAUCAUACCUGAUGGAGGGCUGCAGCUCCAGGGGAAGAUCACUCUUAAUGUUUAUGUGCCGAUAACAGGAGCCGUCAUCCGUAGCCCUGCAGCUGUUCUGAUAGAAGACCAGAGCUCCACCAACCUCACCUGUGAGGCCUCCGGCUCCAUCAGCACCAGGCACUGGAUGAAAGACGGCCUUCCCCUUCAGCUCAGCGACAACGUCAGCUUAUCAGCAGACAACGUGACGGUGCUCAUACGUCCUGUCCUCCGCUCCAGCGGCGGUUCCUACCAGUGUCAAGUCAGCAACCCAGUCAGCGCCAUGACGGCAGCUCUUUAUCUCACUGUCAACUAUGGACCUUACAACACAUCAAUUACAGGACCUUCGUCGGCUUCACUGGGUCAGAGAGUCACCCUGCAGUGCACGGCCGCCUCUGUCCCUCCUGCAAACUUCAGCUGGAUGUUUAACGGCAACGAGACGCAUGUCAACAACUCUGUGUACCUCAUAGAGGAGAUGGGAGGAGCUAGUGUUGGGAAUUACACCUGCACCGCCAGGAAUAUGGUGACCAUGAAGGAAAACUCAGCUCUUCUGAAUCUGAGAGCAGCCUGCACUGCCCCCUGCUGGUCGUUUUCACUAUUGCUCAUCAGCGGAUUUAAUCUGAGAAGGUUCAUGUAAAACAGCAGAUUUCCUGCUCCGGUUUGUUUACUUCACAACAGAAAACCUCUAAAGACGUGUCGAUGAGCAGUGAAACGUUUUGAUCAGCAUUAAAACCGAGUCAAGCAGAAACUCUCACACCAAAAACAGAACAUAGGCGCUUUGCAAUUUAGAAAUUGCUUUUAUCGUCUCAUAUUUAUCAUAAUUUGCCUCCAUAAAUGUUUCCUUCUUCUCUGAACUGACCAUUGCUGGGCGUUACAACAACAACAAACAUGUUUCCAGGAAACUAGAGGUCAGUGUGGUCUGGAGACAAAAUUAUUGCAUUCCUCCCAGAUAGAUAAAAAUCUUAUAAAGUGAUUAAUUCACACUGUUUUGGUUACAUUAUUUCCUUGUUUCUGUCCGUUUCUAACCUCUAAGAGGACUUUCUGUAUCUGAACGCCACCUAAACUUCCCUUCUGGGCGUCACAAAGUUCAGACACUUCCUCCCUGCUGCAUCACUUCCUCACUCAGGAUUUCAUCCUGAUCAUUAAAACCACAACAUCUCUGGACUCGGUGAACGUUUGAUGUUUUGCUCCAAACUUGUUUGUCAAAAUUAAAACAACCAAAGUGACUCAGAAAGGUUUGAAGAUGAUUUUGUUUAGAAUGCAUUAGUUUCAGUCUCCAUAAGGUUGUAGAACAGCUGUUUAUUGUACUGCCUGCUGAUAACUGACUUUUCUGGGUGAACUGUGCUACUUUAAAAAUGUUUAAAAUAAAAAAAUUAAACCCUG